AUGCCUGCUGCAAAGAAAAAGGUCAUUGCCGUCGUUGGCGGUACUGGAAACAUUGGUCGAGCAGUCGUCGCUGCUCUGCACGAAAGUCAACUCUUCCAUGUCCGAGUCACCACUCGUGAUCCUACCAAGAGAAAGGCCAAAGAGUUCGCCGACAGCGGUAUUGAAGUCGUCAAAGCUGAUUCCUGGAAUCCCGAGGAAAUCGAUGCCGCCUUCAAGGGCUGCUGGGGCGUCUGGGUAAACACCAACUCAGACGACAUCAACUUCAAGAACGAGGUCGGGCCUCCUGAGUCAGAGAUGGGGCAAAUCAUCAUUGAUGCUGCCAUCCGCCAACGAGUCGACCACUUCGUCUUCCAGAACCUGCCUGCCGCCUCCAAGAUCACCAACGGCGAGGUCCCCAUCCUGUCCUUUGACAACAAGGAGGCCAUCUCCGACUAUGCCAAGACGGCUGGCUUCAAGACCACGACGAACGUGAAUCUGGGUUGGGUCCUGGAGGUCUUCUGGCUUGACACGUAUGUGGACGCAUUUGGUGGAUUGGCACAGAGGCCAGACGAGGAGGGCUUCCUGUCGCUCAAGGUCCCGCCGAUGGGCAACGAUCCUGAGGUGGUCCCAUGGACCGCCGUGGAGCACGAUUACGGCGACGCUGUCCUCGGUGUAUUCGUUGACCCUGAGCCUUGGGAUGGCAAGACAGUUUGGGCUGUAUCAGACCCUCGCAGCUUCCAGGACCUCGUCGAUGGAUACAACAAGGCGAGCGGCACUAAGCGUGCCCGUCGCGUCAUCCCCGAGGGAGCUCUCAAGACCAAGACCCAGGGAAAGACCAAGGAGGUCAACGGGCUCUUUGGCUACUGUCACUGGGUCAAGGGUAACUACUGUGGUAACAAGCCACUUGAUUUGGCCGAUAUGAAGACUCUGAAGGCUAUUGGAGCCAAGGCUCGUGGUCGCACUGGCAAGGACGCCGAGUUACAGACGGUGGAGGAGUUUUGGGCCAUGACUUUGCCCAGGCAUCAGGAAGAAGCGCCAUCAGACGCAAAACUGUAG